GCGGUGCGGAGCGAGGUGGACGCGGCCCUGCAGGCCUGGAGCGGCGGCCCCUGCAGGAAGUCCUCCCAGAAGAGCGCGCCCAGCGAUGUCUGCCUGGAACAGAAGCUGCAGCAGCCUAACUCCCCGCCGCUCACAGCGACCAAGACGGCCGAGGAGACGCUCCGCAACGCGAAGAAUGAGUUCUCGUCGUACCUGACGUCCGUGAAAAGGUCACCCGACGACGACUUUGACAGGGCUAGCGAUGAUGGCGGCUACAAUCUGUACUCGCACUGGUUGUACAAGACGUGGGUGUGGCUGCUGAGCGUCCAGGAGCCAGAGCGGACUGGUUUGCUCGCUCGAUUUGUAGAAGGCAGCGUUUUCGAGACUAUUGUCUGCAUCGUCAUAUUUGUGAACUGUGCGUUCAUGGCGUACGCUGCUGAUGACGAGAUGGUGAACAACGGCACAGUCAGCCCCUCAGUAGAAAUUGGCGAGUGGGCCUUUCAGAUAUUCUACUCUGUGGAAUUAGCUCUCAAGCUGAACGUCUACAGGCAGUUUUUCUUCUGGAGGGAGGGCUGGAGGCUCAAUCUGUUUGACCUCGUUUUGGUGAUUUCGGGCUUCGUCUCAUUGCUCGGCGAUUCUUAUUUCACUGGCUUCUGGAGAGGUGCGGUCGGCGGAUUUCGGCUCCUGAAGUUCGGGAAGUCGAUCCGCGCCAUCAAGAUCAUGGCAAAGCUCGAGAAGCUGCGAGCGUUUCUGGUCUGUCUGCACGGGUCCUUCGCCAGCUUCUUCUGGAGCCUGGUGAUGCUCACGACGGUGUACGUCCUGUUCGGGCUCUUCCUGAUGCAGGUCAUCACGUCACACGUGAAGCACACGGGCGGGGAUCAUGCGGACUACGACGGCCUGUUCGGCACGGUCUUCGAGUCGACUUUGACUCUCUACAUGGCGUCCACAGGGGGCGAGGACUGGUCCCUCGCAUACCGAGUGAUCGAGGAGACCGGCGCGACGGGGACUAUGAUUUACUUGAUUUUUGUACAGGUGCUUGCGGCAAGUUCCCGCACCGUGCCAGCGCAGCAUUACGUGCGCCUCUCUUCGGAUCCACGUGCGCCGUACCAUGUGACAGCUCAUGCCAGGAGGAGUGGAGUAGAAGGUGACUUCUUUGGCAAUUUUGGGGCCGUCUUGGGUCACUCUCUUGCGUUCCAGAUGCUAUCUUGA